CUUGCCACGCCAUAUUGAGCCGCCCUUGAAGCUUCAACUUCAUCAACCGCAAUCCCCAGCCUGCCUGCGUCGGCGUCGCCAUACCUGCUCAUCGCCACGCCCAGCGCUCUACCUCCCCGACCCGAUCACCCCUUAGCAGCCCACGCAUCAUGCGAUAGCGGCGGAAAUGCCAACUGCGCGAUUCUGAGCGCAUAGAUUCCUCCCCCCCGACCUCCGUCCCUCGCGCCGUCCCUUGUCCACGAUCCGCGGCCGAGGCGCCCUCCAGACGAGACCAUGACGCGACGCAUCGUGAGAUGCCUCCCAUCCCGCCGCUCGGCCUGCCAAAUUCCUCGUCCGCUAACGCUCCAUCCCCUACCUAGGUCCGGACGCUCACGCAGCUCUCCGUCGCCGUCACCUUCACCUUCCUCAUCGUCUUCUUCCUCGACCGCAACUACCGAGUCCUGCCCAACAAGAUCCAUGGCUACAUGCCCACGCACCACCCGGGCCUCGUCGUCACCGAUAUCACCAUCGUAUCGUGCUCGAGCGUAAACGUCUUCUCCUCGUGCGACCUCGAUCCCGCGGUAUGGCACCGCAUCGAUAAGGAGCUGUACCUAGGCAAGACGUGGACCACGCGCGCCUACAUGUACGUGAGCCGCAAGCAUGAGGAGGACCUCACGGCCGACGACAGCGUCGUCAUGGACGUCUCGGUCGGCAGGCUGGACCCGAGCGUCAAGAACAAACCCGACGACAUCGCCAAGUGGGAGUCGCGCCCCAACGGUCUGUGGAUCAAGCGCUCUAAGAGCCGCAAGUCGAGCGAUUCGCCCGAGGUCAUCACCGACGUCGACGUGCUCUUUGGCGACGACGCCGUCGAGGCCCGCGUGGGCUGGCACCUGACGGGCACUCCGCUGCUGCUCACUGCCGGCACCUCGAUGCUCAGCAUUCACAUGACGGUGCACCGCGGCAGCGUAAAGGAGCCGAAGAAGCCCAAGCCGCGCGUCCCAGACAACGGCCGCUUCAAGAUCAUGCAGAUCUCCGACUUGCACUUGAGCAACGGCGUCGGCGAGUGCCGUGAGGCGGUCCCCAACAGCUACCACGACGGCAAGUGCGAGGCGGACCCACGGACCCUCAGUUUUGUCGAGAAGAUGCUGGACGAGGAGAAGCCCGACUUUGUGAUCUUGGGCGGCGACCAAGUCAAUGGCGACACAGCGCCCGAUGCGCCGACAGCUAUUUUCAAGUACGCGACGCUGCUCGCGGAGCGCAAGAUCCCGCACGCUGGCAUCUUUGGCAAUCACGACGACGAGGCAACCAUGUCGCGCGCGCGGCAGAUGGCGCUCAUGGAGACUCUGCCCUACUCCCUUUCGCAAGCCGGCCCCGCCGACGUGGACGGCGUGGGCAACUACUACAUCGAGGUGCUCGCCCGCGGCGGCUCUGACCACUCGGCACUGACAAUCUACCUCUUCGACACGCACGCGUACUCGCCCAACGAGAGGAAGUACCCCGGCUACGACUGGAUCAAGCCCAGCCAGAUCCAGUGGUUCAAGAAGACGGCCGCGAGCCUGAAGCGGAGCCACGCCGAGUACUCGCACGGCCACAUGGACAUUGCUUUUAUCCACAUCCCCAUGACCGAGUACGCGAAUCCCGAGCUGCCCCGCGUCGGCGAGUGGCGCGAGGGUGUGACGGCGCCCGUCUUUAACUCGGGCUUCCGCGACGCUCUCGUCGAAGAGGGCGUCGUCAUGGUUAGCGCCGGACAGUGAGUUAUAAUCCAUACCCGGCACACCGAUCAUGCCCGUCUAGACAAGCUUGAACUAACCCCCCGCCCCCCGCGCUCAGCGACCACUGCAACGACUACUGUCUCCUGUCCCUCAACGGUGACCCCGACCCCGAGAAGCACAAGCCCCUGACGCCCGCCCUGUGGAUGUGCUACGCCGGCGGCGUCGGCUUCGGCGGCUACGCCGGCUACGGCGACUACGUCCGUCGCGUGCGCCUGUUCGAGGUGGACACCAACAUCGGCCGUAUCCUCACCUGGAAGCGCGUCGAGUAUGGCGACACGGCCUCCCGCAUCGACCACCAGAUCAUCGUCGACGGCGGCAAACCCGUACCGCCGCCACCGCCGCCUCCCCCGCCCCAAGGCCAGAACCCGCCACCUCCCCCUCCGCCUCCUCCCGCGCCGAUACCGCCCCACGGCGGGGACGGAACCGAAAAGGCGACGUGAGCGAGCGCACGGCACAGCUGUAAGACGGCAGUCGGCACCGGUUGCGUGAGUAGCCGUAGAAGGAAGCGUUCCUGAUAUAACGGACAGAGUUACUUGAUACCAUAUACCCCCUCCUUCUCUUCCCCCACCAGACUUCAUGCUGGCUUCGGCCAGCAACAAUAAAUUACAUCCACGUCGGCAUGAAAACACCUACAAACAGGAUAUGGGACAGGCGCACUUGAUCUUGACAACGGAGCUGGGGGCAUGCAGCAAGAGGGAAAGCUCCCCAUACACAAAGCUUAUUUACACCCCCGAAAUACGGGUUGGUAGGUAGCUUGUAGCCUUUCAACGGAAACGGCUGGGGUCAGGGGCCGGCAGUCCCUGGCGGGAGGGUGGCUCCUGUUGUUGUUAUUGUAUAAUAAUACCAUUCAGGGGAGAGGGAGGCCAAAACAUUCUGACGGCGCAUGUGGAGGACGGGUGGUAAAAACGAAACAUUGUGAUUCAAAGCAAAUUUUUUUCCUCUCACGAAUCUGGUUUCUGUCUUUCUUGUUCUUCUUCUUCCUCUUGACACGGCAAGGGCGGGACACAGUACGGAAUCAGCAAAGGGCGCGGCGGCCCGGUAGAAAUAAAAUCACUCGUGUAUAAAGCACAGCUAGCUAUCUACCUAGCUACGUACGGGUACGGUAGCGGUACCAGUUCGGACGGGGGGGGGGUAUCUCAGACAGGAAAGGAAAAUGGCAAAAAAACACGACCCCAGGGCGCAUAGUGAGACCAAU